UUAUCUUUCAUCUAAUUUAACUGAAUAUAUGUAAACCUACAGGUAUCCUUACUACUAAAUAUACUUAGUGACAGUGAUAUUAAGUUAUCUACCUAUAUCUAGAUGUUUUGUCUUCUUUUCAGGAAGAGCAUAACCCUGAGAUGGCACUGAGAAGCCCCCUGAACGAGUCAGAGGCUCCAGAGAACAUUCCUCUCUGUUAUGAUUCUGUGAAUGGCUCCUGUCCUAAGUUCACAUAUCCCAUUGUUAUUCGUUUUCAUCUUUAUGUUUUAUUUGGGACUACAGUGGUGAUAACAGUGAUUGGUAACCUGCUGGUCAUCAUCACUGUGGCUCAUUUCAAACAGCUCCACACACCCACAAACUACCUUAUUUUCUCUCUGGCUGUGGCAGACCUGCUGGUGGGUGGCAUUGUGAUGCCCCCUAGUGUGAUGCGAUCUGUUGAAUCAUGCUGGUAUUUGGGGGAAUUAUUCUGCAAAAUCCAUAGUAGUACAGACACGAUGUGCUGUACUGCAUCAAUCAUUAAUCUUACAAUGAUAUCAAUUGACCGUUUCUUUGCCAUAAAGCAGCCUCUCCUGUAUAAAUCAAAGAUAACAAUACCCACUGUUGUAGUAAUGAUCUCCAUGAUCUGGAGUCUAUCAGGUUUAUUCGGUUUUGGAAUGGUCUUUCUAGAAUUCAAUAUUUUAGGAAUGGAAGAAUUUUAUGACAAUGUCACCUGUGAAGGUGGUUGUGUUUUGUUAUUCAGUUUGCUAUCAAGCUCUUCAAUGAGUGUACUGGCUUUCUACAUGCCUGGCAUGAUACUGGUAAUCAUAUAUAUGAAAAUCCUCAUUAUUGCACUAGAUCAAGAACAAACAAUUCAGAACAUGAAUCUGAAUGUCACUAGAAAGCCAUCAACAAAUAAAAUGGAGAGGAAAGCCACCAAAACCCUAGCUAUUGUUGUGGGGGUAUUUGUAUCAUCAUGGAUACCAUAUUUCCUAGCAAUUUCAGUUGAUCCCCACUUUGGUUAUGUAAUACCACCAUUACUAUAUGAUAUAUUUGUCUGGGUUGGCUAUUUAAAUUCCACGUUUAAUCCUAUGGUAUAUGCAUACUUCUACAGCUGGUUCAGGCGAGCAUUUCAAAUCAUAGUGUCAGGUAAAAUAUUUCAAAAGGAUUCUUCUACAACUUUGUUGUUUUAAGAGGGAAAUAUGUCUAAACAAAGCAACUCACAUUAUAUUGAUACAACUAUUACCUUACAAUACAUUGGUAUUCUUAUGUAUUUUUUUUUUUUUUUUGUCUUUUAAUAGGCACAAUAUGUAAUAAUUGAAACAUUGUUAUAAAAUAUAGUAGUGUAAUAUAUCUGUUUAUAUCAGACAACAUUUUGACCUGAUUCAUUGUGAUCCAAUAAACAUUAUGCAACAAAUGUAACCCUGUAUCCCACAAAACCCCAAUCCCAUCAUGACUAAAGUGUAGCACAUUAAAACAAAUGUCACAUCAGAUCUAAGAACAUGACAUUUUGCAAAGACUAUGACAGACUGCAGUGCCAUUAUUACUUCAGAGCAUAAAUUAAUCCAUUAGAUACCUAGGCUUUUGUUUCCUUGAUCAAUAUCCACAAAAAAUUAUUUCCUCUUUCCUAAUUAGUUGCACUAGUUUUGCUGAAAUGCCUCCUUCAACUGAACCGAAGGCCCACACAUGUACUAUGGCUAGGAGUAAGUAAAAAAUAGAUGAAAUCUUAAUGAUGGGCAUUACGUUUACAGACAUAACUUAACGUAUGUGGGGCCAUGCAGCACGGUGCAUUGUAUGGCUGAGGACCUCAAGCGUAAAGGGGAGGAUAACACAUAAUGGAGAGAGUGCAGGGACCCCUCUCCUGCACCAGCCAUACCUCUGCAGUCAGGCCGUUCAGGCAGGGUUGGCCUUACAGCCUAUUUGAGAUGUAGGUAAUAUCCACCCUGCUUGGGGAAUUGAGGAAAGAGAAAGAAGUACCAGCCCAGAUAGACAUGACACGGCCCC